GAAAGGAACUCCAGCUGAGAAAGAGUUCAGGUGUGUCUCGGGACUCUGUGAUCUCACUUUCUUCCUCUUGAAGACGCACACCUGGUUUAAGGGCGAUGUCGGGCUGUCUAGAGAAGGAGUUUGUCUUCCAGUUUAAGAACGGAAGCCAGAAGUCUUGCCUGACGGUUCCCCUGAGUCUUCCGCUGGAGUGUUCAGCCCGGGACCUGAGAGGGAGACUAGUGGCCGCGCACAACCUGCCGUGUUAUGUGGAGGAUGAUCUCCUUCAACAGUUGGAAGAGUUCAUCACAGUGGAGACUUCCAAACUGCAGGAUGAGAAUGCUGAAAACUCCCUCAAAGUCUUGGAUUCCGGGGAAAAGUCAGUCGAGGACAAAGCAGAAAGCUGGGCUCAGGCCUUCUCCAGGGAGUGCAUGAGAUACAGUGAGCCCGAGGCAGCAAACAAGGACCACCAGUUUGCCAUGACGUACCACGCCCUGAUCCACUCCUCAGCCCUGGAGACCCUGCUGAACCUGGAGCACACCUACGCUGUCGCUAACGCUGACGUCAUCAACCACAGGGAGAAGGCCAAAAACUUGGAGGACAAACAGCACCAGGAGAUGGAGGCAGCCAUGCAGGGCCUGGGGGUCACCCACACUGAUGAACAGGUCAACACCCUGGCACAGAAACACUUUGACAGCACACAGGUUAGCCUUACUGUAUACCAAUGUUUUCUUCUUGUACAGAGACUGGAGGUCCAGUGGGACCAUGAGGUGUGUAACCUACAGAAGACCCAGCGGGAUGAGUACAGGGAGUGGGUGAAACAGGUGCACCAGGACAUGGAGCACAGCAACGACAGGACAUCCAUGUACGCAUCCUCUCACUCAAGGCCAAUUUUACAUGGGGCAAGAAGAAACAUUCCCAGGCUGGAGGAAAGCUUCACCAUACAUCUGGGAGCCCAAAUGAAGACCAUGCACAACAUCCGGCUGAUGCGGGCCCAUCCACUGGACCUGUGUCGACACAAACCGAACAAGAUUGGUGGUACCAAGCCCCAGCGCCUCCAGACAGCCCUGUCCCUGUACUCCAACACACUGUGUGGUCUGGUGCUGCUGGUGGACAACAGAGUCAACGCCUACACUGGUAUUAAGAGAGAUUUUUCCUCGGUUUGUCAGCAGUCCACAGACUUCCACUUCCCGGCCCUGCAGGACCAGUUCAGCAGUAUCCAGGAGGACCUGGUGCGAGCCAACAGCUGCAGGCUGGCACGGCAGGCGGCCAGGGAGGAGGAAGAAGAGAAUGGCAGUAGCAAUGGCAGCGCAGACAGUGAGAAAUCCAAAAGCAAGUCAUUCUCAGAUCUCAACAGAUUACAAGCCGGGGAUUUCUACAUCACCAGACAUUCCAACUUGUCGGAGGUACAUGUGGUGUUCCACCUGGUGGCCGAUGAUUCCCUACGCUCCACCAACGUCAACGCUCGUAACCCGACCAUCCUGGGUCUGCGCAGCAUCCUCAAGGUCGCCUGUCGACACGACAUCCUGACCUUGACCCUUCCACUUCUACUGGUGCACGAGAUGGGAGAGGAGAUGACAGUGCAGUGGUGUCUGAAAAGAGCUGAGCUCAUCUUCAAGUGUAUUAAAGGUUUCAUGAUGGAAAUGGCAUCUUGGGGAGGAACUGAGUCCAGAACUAUACAGUUUAUGGUGCCUGAGGGGAUUUCAGAUGAGAUGUUUCACCAGUUCAGCAACAUGCUGCCACAAAUCUUCCGUGUGUCCACGCCAUUGGACCUCAGCAAAACAAAAUGAAGACGUCUUCACCAGUAUCUAAAAAUAAUCUUCCGCAACAGGCUUAGCAAGUUUCAUAAGCCAGGCACUACCUUCUGCACCAUAUCAGUGACAUGUGCACGUGCCAUUUGUUAUACCGUAGUAACUAAUUUUAAAGAUGGUAUGAAGGUACAUGUAUUUUACCAUGAUAUAUGUAAACCUGUGAUUAGCUCUGAAAACAAAAGCUGAUAACAGGCAGAUGCUGAAUGGUAAAAAAAAGCAAUGUUCAUAACGGUGCUUUUAAAGAAUUAGAAAAAUUUUGUUCUUUGACAUUGUCUGUAUUUAUGUCAAAUUUCCUAACUAUCCAGAAAGUAUUGGAUGACAAUGAUGUAAUUUUGUUGUAUGCAUAUAAUAUGUAAUUAUGCAUAAUUUGAUUCUCCAGUUUUUGACAUGUGGAAACAAUGCCAUAUAAUUAGCACUGGUGCAAUGACAGUGUGCAAUCCAUGCAGCUUUGCCAAUAUUUGCAUAGGGGCAGUACUGUAACAUGAGUGUCAGAAAAGCUGAUGUGUGUAUAGUGUAAAACAAGUGUCCAAUAACAUGAUUCUGCAUAUGAAACAGACAUCAACACAUUGUAGUGUUAGAUACUAUGUACUUUAUUUACAGAUGUUCUCACAAUGAACAAUGUGAGUUGAAAUGUUGGCAACAAAAAUUUAAGAAACAACACUCAUCUUAUAAUUAGUACUUUCACAUGAUGGAAGACAAUAAAAAAACAAAUAAUAUACUGCCAGAUACUGCAGUAUUAUAUACAGUAAUAUUAUAUACAAACUGAUUCCCUCUGACUGCAUAAAAUGCAACACAAAAAUAUGUUCAGUUUUUCAAAUAAUCUCAGACAGUUUUCUGUAAUAAAAUCAUAAUCUUGACAAGGGUGCCACCAUUGCAGUGAUACGAUUAGUUCUUUGCUGUUAAAAUCUGCUACAAAUAAGCUCCUAAAAAGUUAGGCUGAUGCCUAAAUCAAAUACGAAAUUUGGUCUAAUUUGGAAGUGACACAGAAGAGAAAUAGCCCUUAAUAUUCUGUGGCUUAUACUGCUAUAUUGUUACAUUACACAAGGAUGGAGCUAGUGGGUCAUUCCCAGUAAAGACUCAGGUAUGCCACCCUGUUCUUGUGUUUCCUGAACUCCUUGUCACUCAGGAGCUG